CGAGCUUUGCUCCAUUGUAUGGUACUUGUGCUUACCUUAGUGCUUCGGCCACGUCAAGAUAAGAAUACCAAUGUCUCUCUCCGUUGUUAUUGAUCUCGCACUCUCCAAAGACAAACCUCCAAAGUUGACUGUAUCAGAUCACCACCAUGAGAUAUCUUGCCAUUACUGCUAAUCUCGUAUUUGCCCGCAUUGCGUCGGCCCAAGACGAUGCUACCACCACCAACAGCGCAGGGACUGGCGUUACCACUGUAUACUCAGUACCCCCAGGGCCUGUCACGCCGAUUCCCACGACAGGCUGUCCAACUGUCACUGUGACCGGCGAGCUUUGCGCAACUUGCCCAAUCCUCGCCUGCAUUAUGGUCUCUACCCUCACUCAGUCUUGUGACUGUCCCAAGAGCAUCCCGACCGUCACUGCCAACUUCCCUUGUGAAGACAACUGCAAAGGACUCCACUGCACGACAUCGUACAACAUCGUCACUCCUUCAACGUGCGCCACUAUCAAUCCACCCGUUCCCAUUUCCUCGGGAAAUGCUACAACCACCACGUCGAUCAGCACCUCGGUCGUCCCAGGGGCUGCUGGGAGGGUCAGGGCUCCAGGUAUCUUCGCUUGGCUGUGA